UGUUGCAUUGUGUUGUGUUCGGGUGGGAUCACGUUAUUGAACAGAAACUAAAAAAGCAUUUUCUAGUUACAGGAAACGUGAAUAAUAUGUUUUUUGUAAACAAGGCGUGCAUGAUGUUGAAAUGUGUUUGACCGAGCGCCUGUUUUAUUUUAAUUGACUUUCUCACUACCAUGAAUGUAUGUCCUUAUUUGGUAUUCACUACCCUGUAUGUAUCGCACCGGUGAAGUAACUUGGGGAUCACAGUCAUGUCUUGGUAAACAAAGACAAGUAUUGUCAACGGUGGCCAAGUGUGAGUUUCAGUAUGUCAGCGCAGAAGCUUGCAGCCCCUCCUCCUCCUCCACCACCUCCACUUCCCCCACCACUAUCACUGACUCCCUCAGGGUCCAGCAAGAAGAGACUUUACCAGGCUAUUGCUGAAGGAAAGAGUCCAGUGGAGGGAGACUAUGAAGAGGCAAAGAUAAUUAUAGGACAGAGACAAAGCAGCUUCAGAAAGGAUGUACAGUGGUUGCUGUUCAAUAAGUAUGUGCCAUCACUCAUUCAAGAUGGGCCACAAUGUGGCCUUGUGGCCUUAUGGAUGGCCGCUCAUUUACUGCAGCCUCCUAAGAUCGUCUCCAUGGAUACAGUGGUCCAAACUGCAAAAGACAAAGGAUACAGCGCACAAGGAGAAAUGUUCUCUGCCGGUGACAUGGCCAAGCUGGCCGAAGAACUGUGCGGGUGCAGAGUUCAGAGGUUAUCUGGCGGCAUGAUGACAGACAACACUACCAUCAUUCUGAAACAUCUCUCUAGCGGACAGCCUGUUCUCAUACCAUAUGAUGAGGAUUUUAAUCAUGAGCCCUGUCUACGCAAUGGCCACAAAGCCCAUUGGGCAGUUGUCUCAGGUAUAUUAUUGGGCUUAAGUCAGGGGUGUGUGGACGGAAAGCUCUUCCCGUCUGACAUCACGCUUCCCUGGCUGCAUCUGUCUCACAAUGGAGCCUCUGUUUCCUGGCCAACUGACCUUAUUGAAGAAGUGUAUUUUCUGGCUAAACAGGGGAAAAGCCUACGCUACCAGCUGUGGAAGUUUGAGACAGUGGCACAGAGUAACACCCAGCUCGAAGAGAUGGACCCUCGGAGGGUCAAUGAGGGGACACAUUAUGUGCUUCCUUCUGGUGGGGUGCAGGAGGGUCUCGCGGGUCAGGUGGUGUUACUUCAUACAAAUCACUCGACUUGAUCAGAAAUAACACAGAAGACUUGUGUGGUUGCCAGUGGAUCGUGACACCUGUGUUUUAGACAUCAACCACUAGGUGUCCUCAUAGUUACAAUGUAAAGAUGUUAAAGAUGAAUUUAAAGGAGAAUCCUCACAGUAAUGACGUGUUGUCUGCAGUAAAGUUAUAAGGUCUUUCUACUAAAGUUUAGUAGAAGUUUUACUCCAUUUUUGGAAAGUGUAUAAGAAUUGUAUAUGCCUACACAGAAUAUGCACACACUCUGUACUCUGGUCUCAUCACUUUAUUGCUCUGUAUAGAAAGGUUUUACAAAGUAAAGUUUGUAAAAUGAAAUUAUUUUGCACAAUGCAGAUAUGUUUGAAAGAAUAAAAAUAUUUCAUUUUC